AUGGACCCAGGCGCGGGCCCGGCGCUUCCUCGCGCCCCGGCUCGGGCCCUGCAGCCGGCCCCAGAGGCGCGGCCAUCGGCGGGCUCCGAGGAGGAGCUUUUUGACUGCCUCGACUACUACUACCUGCGCGACUUCCCUGCCUGCGGUGCCGGUCGCAGCAAGGGCCGGACGCGCCGCGAGCGAGAGCUGCGCACCAACCGGCCGGUGCCCGGUGGCCACGAGCGCAAGAUCGCGCAGAAGCUCCUCAACGGUCAGCGCAAGCGGCGUCAGCGCCAACUGCAAGCCCGGCCACGUACUCGCCUAGCCUGA